AUGAGCAAGGUUGAGUUCGUGGACCUGUCGGGGCUGCGGAUCGAUGGCCGACGGCCCAACGAGCUGCGAAAGGUUGUGAUCAAGCACGGGAACUUGCAGAACGCGACAGGAUCGGCGAUCUUCCAUCAUGGCAACACCAAGAUUGUAGCAACUGUUUGCGGACCGAGGGAGUGCACAUCGAGGUCUAAGGAGCUCCACGAUCGAGCAGUCGUAACUUGCUCUGUCAUCGUCUCCCCCUCGGCGUACUCGCACAGGAGGAAACGGAACAGAGGCGACCGGGUGGUCGCAGAGCUCGAGUCCCUCGUCAGGCAGACGUUCGAGGAGCUGAUUUUCACCUCCAUCUUCCCCCGGUCGCAGAUCGACAUCUCCGUCGAGAUCGUCCAGGCGGACGGGCCUGUCAGGGCAUGUGUCGUCAACGCCGUGAGCAUGGCGCUCAUCGAUGCCGGUCUGCCCAUCAAAGACUUCCUCUGUGCGUGCGAGGUCGGCUACAUCGACGGGCAGCUCCUGCUAGACAUGAACGGGGAGGAGGAGUCGGCGAGGGGCCCGGACCUGUACGUCUCCUACAUGCCCUGCCAGGACGCAAUCGUGUCCACGUUCCUCGAGCCGAGGCUGCCCCUUGAAGUCUUCGGGCAGGCUCUUGACCUUGCCCUGAAUGGUUGCCGUGAAAUGUACAAAAUGCUCCAGCUCGCGCUCGCCAUUGUCAUGCUCAGCCUCAGGCUCGCUGGCGCCUUCAUGCCUCCUGCUUUCGGAGCUUCUGCAUGCCUGCAUGCCAGGGCUGCUCGCUUCCAGACCCAGAGGAGGACGAGGUUGCGAGGGCAAGCGAGCCAUGUUGAGAUGUCGAGGGAGGGAGCUGUGCAUUUCAUCAACCUCAGCAACGGGCUGGAGGCGCUUCCCAUGCUGAAUGGCGUCCCAGUCGCGUUCACGCGUAUCCAGAGCUCGCACUGUGAGUCCAGGAACUUCAACGGCAUCGUCAACGGCCUCGACAACACGCUCCUGCUCUACCUCGCCCUCGGUCAAACCUGUUACAUCCACGACUAUGGCAGCAGGAACAAGAAGCGCAAGGCGCCGAGAGCCAUCUGGUAUGGCGUGACCUUCAUCCGCUAUGCUCUCCACAAGGUCUGGGAGCUGCCCGGGGAGCCAGACAAGCCGAUGCUGCGGGGCCACAACGUGGCGGCCGACUUCGACUACGCUAUCAACAACCUGGACAAGGGAGCGAAAAAGAGGCUCAAGUACUUUCAGAGUUACGUGCAGACACAAGAGAUCAAGUUGCUCGGAGUGGUUGGACCCACCGACAUCGACGGCCGGAGAGACUUGCAUGUCGAGCUGGCCAUGGAGUACGCAUGCGGCAACGGCAGCCUCGUCCAGGAUCUUGACUUCAUGCCAUGGCAGGGGAGCGACAGUCUGGAGAUCUUCGACACGAAGCUAGGCUUCAAGCUAGAAGACGAGUGA